AUGACGUGGUUAGCAGAACCAGACGAAUUCACGUUCACUCUCAAACUACGUGAUGGAGUUUUUCAACUGUUGGCGGGGGAAUUCAUUCCGACAAAGCGUCAAGUGAUAAGAGUGGUAAUGAGCGUCUUCGAUCCUCUCGGGCUUGUUGCAGCGUUUGUGGUGCACGGAAAAUGUUUAAUCCAGGACAUUUGGAGAGCAAAGGUGAACUGGGACGAGCAAAUUCCAGAAGAAUUGGUCAGCAAGUGGCGGCGUUGGGUGGAUGUGCUGCAAAACCUUAUCAAGGUGAAGAUUCCGCGCUGCUAUUUCCCUGGAUACGAUCCCCGCAGAUUGGAGUGCUUAGAACUGCACGUUUUCGUCGACGCAAGUGAGGAAGCGUACGCGUGCACCGCUUAUUUCCGGAUUGUCGAUCGAGGACUGAUACGAUGCGCUCUCGUGUCUGCCAAAACAAAGGUAGCUCCUCUAAAUCCAAUGUCGGUGCCUCGUCUGGAAUUGCAAGCCGCAGUUAUCGGUGCCCGACUAAUGAAGGCGGUACAGGAAAACCACUCACUCCCAAUAAGCCGUCGUGUGAUAUGGGGUGACUCUAAGACAGUGCAGUCCUGGCUUCGUUCGGACCAGCGGAAAUACCGCCAAUUCGUAGCUUUCAGAGUCAGCGAAAUUCUUAGCGAGACGAGUCUGGAAGAAUGGCGAUGGGUCCCAACGCGGAGUAACGUAGCAGAUGAAGCAACGAAGUGGAGUAAAGGACCUAGCUUCCAGUCCGACAGCCGAUGGUUCACAGGUCCGGAGUUCCUUUAUGAGGAUGAAUCUGGAUGGCCAGAACAGAAAUAUUCGCCGACAAACACCCAAGAAGAAAUUCGACCAAUACACGCUCACCAUCUUGCAUAUUUGGAACCCGUAUUUGACUAUCAUCGCUUCUCAAGAUAUCAACGACUGCUACGAACGGUAGGAUACGCACUGCGCUUCAUCGAUCAUUGUCGUCGAAAACCUGUAACCGAAUCUUCCGAUACUGGACUACUGUCAAGAAAUGAACUGUUGAAGGCUGCUGUGGCGGCUGGUGCAAAACGAAGAAUAUUCCGAAGAAGUGUUGAUGAUACGCAAAAACAAGGAACGACCGCCAGGAGAAAUCAAAAGGUUGAUGAAAAGUAG